AUGGUUGCCGUCCCCAAGGCUGGCCGCAAGGCCACCCCAAUCGCAAGGAACCCCGGUGAGGGCGAAGAGCUGACUCCGCCAGACCCGUUUGCCUUUGCUGGUCUUCCUCGGCACCAGCUCGUCGUGAGCCAUUGGGUCCAGCGCCCAAGCACCGCGGUGGUCACCACUUGCCGGGACCCUUCUGAGGACAACUCGAUGACAGACACUGCCGCAGCCGGCCCAGUCCGCCUCCUCCUGGCCCACUCUGGCCGCCUCGGACCAGCCGCCGACAUUGCCGCUCUCUUUGACGGUAUCGGCAACGAGGAUAUUGACGCGGAGGCGGACGGCGUAGGUGACUCGGAGACGGACGACGACCACGACUCGGAGGACGACUUUGAGGAGUGGGCGAACCGCACGUGCGCCAUUGCCGAUUUUGAAGACGAGUUCUCCGACGAGGACAACGAAAGCGACAGCGGCGAGGUCGACGACGAGCAGGACUCGGCCCAAGAGAAGGCCAGUUAUUCCUUUCUCAAGGCCAUCGACGACGAGGAACUCCUGGCGGCCGGCAGCAAGGGCAAGGCCAAGGCCAAAGAGGAGGCGGAUGACGAUGGUGCAACGUACACCAACGCCGUCGCCCAGGUCGCGGCGUGGGAAUCCAAGCUCAACGUUCUCCGCGGCCGCGGCCGCGACAUGGCUGCUAAAGAGCACGACAGAGGAGAUCAAAUCCAGCCUUGGCAAGAUGCACCCCUCGCCAGCCAGCAUGUCCAGUCCAGCCCGCCACAUCCCAAGAUGGACAUUCUCCGCACCCGUUUUAUGGCAAGCCUUGAGCAAUCCCUCGCGGUCGCAAAGCACAAGCCCCCGACAGUCGCGCACGUCCAGAACAUGGCGGCGGCGUGUCCCAUCAACAGGUUUUCCUGCUGGGGAAUGUACUCUCUGCUCCAUGUCCGGGAGGACGGCCGCCCCUUCAAGUACGAAGGAGAAUCCCAGGCCGCCAGCCCAACCCCCACCAAGACGCAGGCGAAGAAGAACCCCACGACGAAGAAGGGCAAGCAUGGUGUGCCUCUGCGCUACGAGUCCCACAAGGCCAAGAUCCGCCUCGCCCUUGAAGUUAAGAAGCACGUCAAGAACGGCAAGAACGGCAAGAAGGUGAAACUGAACUUUUUCUACCGCUGUUCAGCCAAGUACAAGGGCGACCUCGUCGCGUACACCAAUUUUGGUGUCAUCCUGGAUGACGUCAAGCUCACCAACCGUGGUCUCCUCGUCGCCCUCGCUAUCUCGAUCCAGCACAAUGUGGAAGCAGUCCGCCAUGAAUGGCUCGACGUUUGGAUGAAAUCCAAGCCAAUGCCGUGGUGGCCGACAACCGCGCACAUUGGUACAAACACCGAGUCGCCGGCGUCGCAGGGCAUGAGGAAGGUGUCAUUUUACACCGCCGGUGAACGCCUCGAGCUCAGUCGGGCCAGGAGCCGCGACCGCCAGCGGAAGUUCCGCGCCAACGCCUCCCGUGCUCAGCUCGACGACCUUGCGGCCCACAAGCUCGCCCUCAGGCGCGUGCGCGAGGCCAAGGAGUCUCCCGCAGAGCGCCGUGUCCCCCUCGACACGAACAACACCUUCAAGCGCGCCAAGACGGCCGAGGUCCGCGGCAAGGAGAACCCCGAGGAGACGGCCGCACGCAAGACCGACAACACCACCCACUGGAACAGCUACGGCCGCACCCACCGCGAGAAGAAGCGCGACGACCAGAGUGCGGAGGAGAAGAAGGCCCGCCUCGCCCAUGAGGGUGCCUUGAACAAGAACUCGCGCGAAAAGAGCAAGGCUGCCGGUACCUUCCAGAAGAAGGUGAAGACUAGGGCAGACCUUGGCCGUACCGACGAGCUCCGCAGUCUGAAGCGCCUGACAGAGGGGAAGACGCCCGAGCCGGGUACCGGCCCCAAGCUCAAGACGCUUCAGCCUGUGUAG